CAAUUGUUCACUUUCAAUCGUUAACAACGAAUUCCAAAACUAAACAUUUUAAAAUGUUCACUAAACUGAUCUGCAUUGCCGCCUUGGCCAUCUCCUGUGUCUGCGCCAAGCCAGGAUACGCUCCCCUUGCUUACUCCGCUCCAGUUGUGGCCGCUGCAGCACCAGCUUUCGUGACCGCGCAGAGCUCCCAGGUGGUUGCCCGUAACUACAACGGAAUCGCUCCUUUGGCCUAUACUGCUGCCGCUCCACUGGCCGCCGCCCCGUUGGCGUACACAGCACCCGUUGCCAAGGUUGCAGCUCCACUGGCUUACACGGCUGCCGCUGCUCCCCUAGCUUAUACCGCUGCUCCUGUAGCCCGUGCCAUCGCUUCGCCGUACGCCGCCUAUCCCUAUGCUGCCCCAUAUGCUGCUCCAUAUGCUGCUCCAUAUGCUGCUCCAUAUGCAGCUCCUUAUGCAGCCCCAUAUGCUGCAUACACCGCACCAGCGCUGUCCCCUUACCGGUAUAGCCCAUAUGUGCUGUAAAGAUGAAUACUAUCAACUAGAAUGCAGCUCACUGGUGGAGCAGUUUAGUGAGCAUCCUUUAAUAACAAGACUUUUAACGUUAUUGUUGACGUAGUUUGAUAAGAUCGAGAAAUAUAAAUCACAUUA